GCCCUCCAACCUCUUGGCAGUGGAAAAGUCGCCGCCGCAUUCCCCUGCUAUUCCGUCCAGAUUCAUUUCCUUCCCGGUAAUGGCCCUGUUUAUGAAUAUCACCACCACCACCACUUCCCCCGUCUCCCUAAAAUGACUGCGAAAAUGGCUGACGAAGAAUUCUCCGCCCCACUGAUUCCCAUGUGCGAGGAGGAGCCGCCGGGGAGCCCGGCCGAAGAGGAGAGCUCUCCGGUGGAGCAAGUGGCGCUAACAGUUCCGGAAACCGACGACCCGACACUGCCCGCCGUGACAUUCCGGGUCUGGGUCCUCGGCGCUCUGGCCUGCGUCCUUCUCUCCUUCCUCAAUCAGUUCUUCUGGUACCGCCGGGAGCCGCUGACGAUCAGCUCCGUCUCCGCCCAGAUCGCGGUGGUGCCGCUGGGGAACCUGCUUGCGAAGGCGGUUACCAGGCGCGUGUUCUUCCCGGGGCGGAGGUUCGAGUUCACCCUCAACCCGGGUCCGUUCAACGUGAAGGAGCACGUGCUGAUCACCAUCUUCGCCAACUGCGGCGCCGCCAAUCCGUACUCCGUCCACGUCGUCACCGCCGUCAAGAUCUUCUACCGCCGGUCGUUGACUUUCUGGGUCUCGCUGACCGUGGUGGUGACCACGCAGGUGCUCGGGUUCGGAUGGGCCGGAAUAUUCCGGCGGUUCCUGGUGGAUCCGGCUUCCAUGUGGUGGCCCCAAAAUCUCGUUCAAGUCUCUCUAUUCAGAGCAUUCCAUGACAGAGAAGAGCGAAGCAGCAAAGAUGGGUUAACCAGAAACCAGUUUUUCACCAUUGCCUUCUUCUGCAGCUUCUCCUAUUACCUCUUCCCCGGCUAUAUCUUCCCAAUGCUCUCUUCCCUCUCCUGGGUUUGCUGGAUAUUCCCGGGCUCCGUCCUGGCCCAACAGCUCGGCUCGGGCCUAAAAGGCCUGGGCAUCGGGGCUAUUGGGCUGGACUGGUCGAGCAUAUCGUCCUACAUCGGGAGCCCAUUAGUGAGCCCGUGGUUCGCCACCGCGAACGUCGCGGUCGGGUACGUCCUCCUCUUGUACGUCAUCACGCCGUUGCUGUACUGGAACGGCGUGUACGGCGCGAGGAGGUUUCCCAUAUUCUCCGACGGGCUCUUCAACUCCGGCGGUGAGCAGUACAACAUCUCCGCCAUUGUUGACCGUGACUUUCGCAUCGACCACGACGCGUACGACCGCGAGGGCCGUCUUUACAUCAGCACGGUCUUUGCGGUGAUGUAUGCCUUCUCUUUUGCUUGCCUCACUGCCACUAUUGUUCAUGUCAUCCUCUUCCAUGGAAGGGACAUAUGGCAACUCAGCAGUUCUGCAUUUCAAAACAAGAAGAUGGAUGUCCACACAAAGCUGAUGAGGAGAUACAAACAAGUCCCUGAAUGGUGGUUCACCUGCAUUCUUCUUCUGAGCAUCUCAGCUACAAUUUUCACAUGUGAGCUCUACAAGAACCAGCUGCAAUUGCCAUGGUGGGGUGUCUUGCUCGCUUGCGCCAUUGCCUUCGUCUUCACCCUCCCCGUCGGUAUAAUCACCGCCACCACAAACCAAACGCCGGGUUUGAACGUGAUAACGGAGUACGUAAUUGGGUACUUGUAUCCGGGAUAUCCCGUUGCUAACAUGUGCUUUAAGGUCUACGGAUAUAUAAGCAUGAAGCAGGGGCUAACCUUUCUCCAAGACUUGAAACUCGGACAUUACAUGAAGAUUCCUCCCAGAGCAAUGUUCAUGGCUCAGGUGGUUGGGACGUUAGUUUCGGCAUCGGUGCAUCUAGGGACUGCAUGGUGGCUCAUGGAAACAGUACCGUUCAUCUGUGACCGGACAAAGCUUCCGCCGGGCAGCCCGUGGACGUGCCCGAGCGACCACGUGUUUUACGACGCCUCGGUCAUCUGGGGUCUGAUCGGACCGCGCCGGGUCUUCGGAGACCUGGGCAAUUACUCCGCCGUGAACUGGUCUUUCCUGGCCGGCGCCGUGGCGCCGGCCAUAGUCUGGUCGGCGAGCAAGGCGUUCCCGAGCCGGCAAUGGAUCAAGCUGAUCGUAGUUCCGGUGGUGCUCGGGGGAACAAUGAACAUGCCUCCGGCCACCGCCGUGAACUACAACAGCUGGAUUCUCAUAGCUUUUCUCUCCGGUUUCGUGGCGUUCAGGUACCACCGGAGCUGGUGGGGCCGCCACAAUUACGUGCUGUCCGGGGCGUUGGACGCCGGGCUGGCCUUCAUGGGAGUGGUUUUGUACUUGUGCUUGGAAAUGGAAGGUGUUAGGUUUGAGUGGUGGGGGAGUGAAGUUGAUGGCUGCCCUUUGGCCUCUUGCCCAACUGCACCAGGCGUUUUGGUUGACGGAUGCCCUGUGUUUUCACCUUAAUUGAGGUGUACAUGAUUGUAAUUUUUACUUCGUGUCAAUAUAACCUCGAUUGCGGAUGGUGGGGUGACGUGACCCGACCCGAAAUCAAAAGGCGUGGCGGGCUUCCCCGUGGCAGCGUCGAGGAGGCCGCCCCUGCGGACGUUCCGGUAGGUUGAGUACGCCGUGGUCAUGAGCGCGUUUUUAACUAUCUCAACUUAAUAUUCUCGAUUCAAACAUAUAUAUUUUGUUAUUCUUUAUUUAUUUGGUUCAACCUUGUCUAUCU